UGAAUAGAGUACCACUAUUACAAUACAAACCAAUAGUAGUGGUAAUUAAACAGAUUAGAAUAUAUCAUUUUUAUUUGAGACAGAAAACUCUUUUUGAAUUAGUUUGCAGUGAGUGUUCAUGAAAAUUGGAGCUUCAAAUUCACUAUAAUCAGCCCUCACUUUGAAGAAAAUCAUGAAUCCCACUUUUGUACGCCUUCAAACGUUACCUGCCAUCCUAAGGAUAUUUUGUUUGGUCUUCGAGCUUGUGGGAUUCUGUUGUGCGCAAUUGAGUUUGUGGAAUUCUGGAGUCGUUGUAUUUUAUUCUGUUAUGUCAAUGAUCGAAUUUAUAGCCACUUUGAUCAUGCUAGGUCUGUAUCUGUGGAAAGUUGAUUUUGUAGUGCAGGCAAAUUGGCACAAAAUCGAAUCAUACUUCAGCGCAAUCGGAACCAUUGUUUUUAUGUUGAUAUCUUCGCUGAUCGUUGAACGUUUUGAUGAUCAUCUAACGGUCGCAGCUGUUUUUGGAUAUUUUGCAAUGUUUAUAUUUAUGGUUGAGUUUUAUUUAAGUUUCAAACAAACUGCUUUAAGACCAAAUAGUGCUAUCGUAAAUGAUCACAACAUUUCUUAAAACAAAUAUAUGCUUUGUCAUUUCCAAUAGAUAUUGUACAUCUACAAUUUUGGUAUGGCUAUUGAUUGUAGAUUUUUGCAUCUACAAAGAAUGGAUCUUAAAUUUCAUUUUGUUACACUGAUUCGUUGUUUGUUGUGAAUCAGCGAGCUAUACUUUUACCGCGACUUGGAAAUAAAAUAAAA